AUGAGAACAGAAUUGUUUCGACAAACUUUACAAAAUGUAAUUUUAUCAAAUUAUGAUAAUUACAUAAUGACUAGAUUACAAUCUACUAAUAGUCCGGUUAAUAAUAAUAAUAAUAAUAAUAAUAAUAAUAAUAGUAAUGGUAAUAAUAGUAACGGAAACCAUACAAAUCCAGAUCUAAUCGAUUUAACUCAUAGAAAUGCCUUAAUCAAAAAAUAUUUGAAUAAAUUAAAUAGUUUAUUAUUUGAAUAUUUAUCAUCUAACAAAGAUUGGGCAUCGUCAUCAUCAUCAUUAUCAUCAUCAUCGUCGUCAUCAACAUCAUCAUCACCAUCGUUGUUAUCCUCAACAAAUAUCAUUGAACCAUAUCAUCAGUUUAAUGUAUAUAAUAAUAAUGAGUCAAGAAAUUGCUUAUAUCAGUGGUUAAAUCAAUCAAUCAAUUGUAAUAAUUUAUAUGAUGAUAACACUUUGAUCAAGAAUAUAAACCAUGAAAGUAAUCAUUUAUUGAAAUUAGAUGAUAAUCUACCUCUUGAAGAAGCAACAGUACAAUUCAAUGAUGAAAAUAAUAAUAAUAGAGAUUUCCAUGUUGAUAAUAAGUAUCAUUUAGAUUCAUAUAGGACUUCAUUUAAUAUACCCGAAAUAUAUCAUUCUAAAUGUAACCCUUUAUGGUCAGAUAUAUGUUGUACAGAAAAUUAUCAUCCUGAAUUAUAUCAAAAUAGUUCAAUUUGGAAACAAACAUCAUCAUCAUCAUCAUCAUCCCCAUCACGAUCAUUAUCAGCGGCAGCAACAACACCACCACCACCACCAAUCACUGAUUGUUCUUUGAAUACUAAACAUACAAUUAUGAAUUCAUCAUUUAUAUCAUUGAAUAAAUCUAAUUUCAAUGAAAUUAUUGAUGAUACAAAAUUACAAUUACAAUCUACUACUACUACUACAACUACUAAUACAAUUCCAUCUAUUUCAUAUUCUCCACCAUUAAAUUUUAAUGAAUUUAUUUUAGAUCAAAAUAUGUUAUGUCCAUUAUGUCAUAAAUGUUUUCGAUUUGAAAAAAAUUUAUUAAGACAUUUACAAAAAACCCAUGCAACUAGUACAGGUGAAUCAUUAUUAAAAUGUAAAUUAUGUAAUUAUACAACAAGACAUUAUAGUAAUAUGUAUGUACAUAUUAGAACACAUACAG